AUGGACUGCGAUAAUCGAUUGCUUCUGUCAGUGCUGUUCCUAUCCGUUUAUUGUUUCAGUAUUACACAAGCAUCAGUGGGCUUUUAUGUAGACAAUGAGAAUGCGCAAUCGAUACCACUUGCUGUUAGCAGACAUGGAAGUGCGAGAUUGGAAUCGAAAAUAUUGGAAUUAUUGGGAAUUGAAUAUCCACGACCGCUAGUCACUGGUGUAAAGGAUGACAUAGCUUCUCGUUUUAUGGCAGAUCUAUACCGGAACUUGGAACAUGACGUAGAGUUGAAUCCUGCUUACAAGUAUUUGGCCAGUGGGGAGUUAUUGUCAGCUGAUGAGAAAGAAGCUAUUGAAUUAGGCGAAGCUGAUACAAUUGUUUCAUUCUUACCUCGAGAGCAGAGAACAGUACCAAAUUAUGGGACAAGUUUGCAGUUCGAUCUUGCUAACAUACCGAUAGGUGGCCAGCUUGUGCAUGCUGAACUUCGGAUAUUCUUUAAUGGUUCGAUGAAACCACAACGCAUUUUCGCAACCGUCCCAUAUUUAAGAGAUCUAAGUUAUACAACGACGGUCGAAGCACGUAUAUCAAGUAGUGGACAUUUUAUCAUAAAUAUUACGGAAAUAGUCCUACAAUGGAUUCAUAAUCGAUCAAUUCUUAGUAUCGUAACUUUGUAUGCAGUCUCAGCGCAUGGAGAGAGGAAGCUUUUGGAAAAUUUUGGUGAAUGGCGUGGGUUUGGAAUAGCUUCCUUUGUGGACGGUGGAAAUCAUAUCCACCAGCGCAUUAAACGUGAUGUACCUGAUGAAGCUAAUGUUUUCGAUGAUUACGGAUAUGGCUUUUCGGCAAGGCCUGAUCCACUACGACAUUCAGCUUCUAAUAAAGGUUGUCGUAGGCGAACACUUUACGUGGACUUCAAAGAUCUUGGUUGGCAGGAUUGGGUUAUUGCACCAGACGGUUAUCACGCAUAUUAUUGUGACGGUUUCUGUUCAUUUCCACUGAAUAAUCAUAUGAAUGCAACGAAUCAUGCUAUUGUUCAAACACUUGUUCAUCUUAUCGAUCCAACCAGAACAUCAGAAGCAAAAUGUGCACCUUCGUCGUUACGCUCAAUGAAAAUAUUAUUCAUUGAUAAUGCUCAAAAUGUGGUACUGAAACGCUACAAGGAUAUGCAAGUACGUGAUUGUGGUUGUCAAUAG